AUGGCUAUGGUAUCAGAAUUUCUGAAACAGGCAUUCAUCUUCAUGUGUAUUUUGAAUUCGAAAGGUGGCCCUGGAGUACAGUCAUACCCUAGCUUUGAUCCAUCAGCUGACGUUAUUGCUUUGGACAAAGCUAUUACCGUAAGAGGUGUGGAUGAAGCCACCAUCAUUGGCAUCUUGACUAAAAGAACAAAUGCUCAGCGUCAGCAGAUCAAAGCUGCCUAUCAGCAGGCUAAAGGAAAGAGUCUGGAAGAAGCCUUGAAAAAAGUUCUGAAAAGCCACCUGGAAGAUGUUGUUGUAGCUCUGCUCAAAACUCCAGCUCAAUUUGAUGCUGAAGAAUUAAGAGCCGCUAUGAAGGGGCUUGGAACAGAUGAAGAUACCUUAAUUGAGAUUCUGUCCUCAAGAACCAACAAAGAGAUCAGAGAAGCCAGCAGAUAUUACAAGGAAGUGCUGAAGAGAGAUCUGAUACAAGACAUUAUCUCUGACACAUCUGGAGACUUUCAGAAGGCUUUGGUUGCUCUAGCCAAGGCUGACCGAUGUGAAGUUUCUCAUGUGAAUGAUGAUCUUGCUGACAGUGAUGCCAGGGCCUUGUAUGAAGCUGGAGAGAAAAAGAGGGGAAUAGAUAUCAAUGUGUUCAUUACCAUUCUUACUGCAAGAAGCUAUCCACAUCUCCGAAGGGUCUUUCAGAAGUACGCCAAAUACAGCAAGCAUGACAUGAACAAGGUACUAGAUUUGGAGCUGAAAGGUGAUAUUGAGAACUGCCUGACUGCCCUUGUGAAGUGUGCCACAAGCAAGCCAGCUUUCUUUGCUGAAAAACUCCACUUGGCAAUGAAGGGCGUAGGGACAAGGCACAAACAGCUCAUCAGAAUCAUGGUUUCACGCCAUGAAGUGGAUAUGAAUGAGAUAAAAGGCUAUUACAAGAGUCUGUAUGGCAUCUCUCUCCGCCAAGCCAUUAUGGAUGAACUCAAAGGGGAUUAUGAAAACAUCCUUGUGGCUUUAUGUGGAAGUGAUAACUAAGUUUCGUGCUCCUGCAAUGCACUCAGUCUUGUUGCUGAAGGUCUUCACAUUUGCCUCAGCUGUCUAUAUAAUAUACAGGCUUUACACAGUGCGGUUUGUCUGGAAUGUUACUUAGCCCAUAUGUAUUAUGUUGAAAACCUGUAACCUGGAAUGUAUUUUUUCAGCAUCUUUAUUCUGAAUGGC